AUUGAAGAUGAGCUUCUCCAGCGAAUCAGGUGAAGCGGUGCGGAUUGGCACUAAUCCCAGCUUUCAAGGGACGCAGUAAGCUGAUGGCCCAGCUCCCAGUGGGAAAAACAAUAAAGAAGGGCGCGCUUUCGCUUCCAACAACCACAAGCACAACUUCCCUUAGCUCACCACUUCUCAUCAAUCUUGCCCUGUCUUUUCGACUUUUCCGACCCAACGAGCUCUCGACCCGUCAUCAACUCACAGCCGCGUUGAUUCAUUAGUAAUCUCACAAUGAAGGCCGCUCUCGCUCUCGUUGCCGCCACGGUCGGGGCUGUUCUCGCCCAGGAUCUCUCAGGCCAGCCCACCUGCGCUACUGCUUGCCUUAUUUCGGCCAUUAGCGCUGCCGGCUGCGGGCCUUCGGACAUGGCUUGCCAGUGCGGCCCAACGCAAACCGCGAUUGUCAACAACGUGGUGCCUUGCCUGCUUGCCAGCUGCACGAGCGGUACCGAUAUUUUGCAGGCCUCGAGCGCCGGCGAAGCGCGAUGCUCUUCCUUCCUGGCUACGGCUGCGACCACAACGCCGGCGUCGACAACGAGUGCUGCCACGACUGCGGGCCCAACAUCGGUUCCAACUUCGGUUGGCACUAUCUCCCAGACGAGCUUUUUCCCUGGCUCCAAUACCACGAUAACUACACCCACUCUGUCUAACACCCCGACACCGACGCCGUCGACGACAUCAACAAAGUCGACGAGUACCAAUGCUGCUGCAACUCCCGUUGCUCUUGGUGCCGGAGUUGUGCUCGGGUUUCUCGGCCUUAUUGCGGCACUGUAAUAGAGGCACGAAGAGAACCUCAAAUCUUGGGAGAACUAUCAUGAUGAUAUUUUGUUGUGGGCUUUAUCGGGAGUUGAAAAGGGUGACUAUCUCUUGGCCUUCUAGGCAUAACAGUUUGGCUGCUGUGUGGCUCUGUUUUGGUGGCUUUGAGCCAGCCUCGAUCGUGAACAAUCUUUCUCGAGGUUAUCUUACACGGAGCCUAUAUACCUUGAUAAUAUUAUAAUUCUGAACCGAUCGGGCUUUCUGUGUAGUUUCAUGUAUUCCUAAUGACACCAGCUUGGAAGCUCGCACGAGCUUUUGAUGAUAUCCUCCCAACUCCAUUGUCGUCACAGUGAGAAAAGUACUUGG